AUGUCGAAUAAUAAAGACGAGAUUGACGAGGAGACGCAGGAAAUCACCGUCGAGGGCCCCGAAUCAACAUAUGUGAAGCUGGUGAGCAGCGAUGGCCACGAAUUCUACAUAAAGAGAGAACACGCAUUGAUCUCUGGGACAAUCAAAGCAAUGUUGAGUGGACCUGGUGCUUUCCAAGAAAACGAGGCAAACGAGGUGAACUUCCGAGAGAUUCCUUCCCACGUUUUGCUCAAAGUUUGUCACUAUUUCGCGUACAAAGCAAAGUACACGAAUUCGGCGGCGGAGAUCCCCGAGUUCAACAUCGAGCCCGACGUGGCGCUCGAGUUAUUAAUGGCGGCGAAUUUCCUCGAUUGU